GGGAUUCCUGAGUCGCCUGGCUGUUUUUUGGAACGCAGUGGCUUUUUUUUUCUUUAUGUUUGUGGCGUCUCCCUUCAUGCGUUGCCCUUUAUUCUGUCGCCCCAGCAGCCCUCAGGAAGAAACCGCUCACAGUUUGUGUUUUUCUGACACCCGGUAUUUGUUCAGAUGUUUAAUUUUUAUAGCCCCUCCUCAACUAUAAAUUGUUUUGCUAGGGAGUGCAGCUCAGGCAAAGCGAGCACACCCACGUUUCAGCUGUAACCCUGCACUGUAACCCUGCAUGUCCUCAUUUGCAGGCCUGUGGAUGUGCCUGUGCUCACAAGCCCUUACCUGUUCGCGGUGAUGUUUUGUACACGGAUCCCAGGUGGAAACCAAAUCAUGCAUCGCUUAGUUUAUUGAACGGCGCAUGGAGAUGGUGCGAAAUGUGUCUCACAACACCCACAAGAAGAUGGCGUCCUGUCUGCAGGGACACAUCGGCACGGAUGCCGAGAAGAGACACAAGAAGCUGCCAUUGACUGCCCUGUCACAGGCCAUGCAGGAUGGGGGCAGUCAGUUCGGGGAGGAGUCCCUCAUGGGUAAGAUGAUGGAGGUCUGUGGAGAUGCUGAGCACCGGUUGGCCUCAGAACUGAUGCAGUACGAGAUGCAGAUCGAGAAGGACGUCCUGGACCCCCUCAAUCAGUUAGCAGAGGUCGACAUUCCUAACAUAAUAAAGAUGAGGAAACAGCUAGCCAGGCUCGUGCUGGAUUACGACUCUGCUAGAGCUAGGUGGUUGCAGGCAACCAAGUCCAUAAUCUCAGGAACAAACACCCAAGCACUGACAGCCAAGGCAGAUUCCCUGAAGGAGGAGGUGGAUGAAGCCAUGAACAAAGUGGAGGUUUGCAAGGACCAGCUGGCUGCAGACCUGUACAGCUUCUUCUCUAAAGAAGGGGACUAUGCACAAUAUUAUGUAUCGCUAUUAGAAGCGCAGGCUGAUUACCACAGAAGGUCCCUGUCGGUGCUGGAGAGCGUCCUCCCAACUAUCCAAGAGCAGCAAGACUCCUGGACCGAGAAGCCCGCCUUCGGGACGGCCCUAGAGGAGCACCUGAAGCGGAGCGGCCGGGAGGUCGCCCUGCCCCUCGAAGCUUGCGUCAUGAUGCUUCUGGAGACAGGCAUGAAGGAGGAGGGCCUGUUCAGAAUUGCCGCCGGGGCCUCCAAGCUGAAGAAGCUGAAGGCAGCCCUCGACUGCUCUACCUCGCAGUUAGAAGAGUUCUACUCCGACCCACAUGCAGUUGCCGGGGCGCUGAAGUCCUACCUGAGGGAGCUGCCCGAACCUCUCAUGACCUUCCAUCUGUAUGACGAAUGGAUACAGGCGUCCAAUGUGUCCGAUCCUGACAAGAGACUUCAGGCCUUAUGGGUGACUUGUGACAAAUUGCCAAAGAACCAUAAAGUGAAUUUCAGGUACCUCAUCAAGUUCCUGGCCAAACUGGCUCAAGAGAGUGAAAUCAACAAGAUGACUCCAAGCAACAUUGCCAUUGUGUUGGGGCCCAAUUUGCUGUGGGCCAAAACCGAAGGGAGCCUGGCGGAGAUGGCAGCUGCCACUUCCGUUCAUGUGGUGACCAUAAUCGAACCCAUCAUCCAACACGCGGCCUGGUUCUUCCCCGAUGAUGUGGACUUCAAUGUGUCAGGCAUGUUUGCGAUGCCCACGCCCACUGCAAACCACACCAACCACCUAGGCGCACCCGAGACGGAGUCGGGUGCCACUGACAGGAAGCGGCCCGGCAGCGGGUCAGCGCCGGAGGCCGAGGUCACACGCAGAGACAGCUCCGCUAACAAAUUAUCGGACCACACCCCGCGUAGAGGCGGCACUCUUAAUAGAAAGCAGCACGUUUCCCCUGCGUUCCAGCCCCCCCUGCCACCGGUUGAGGCUGGGGGGGCUGCCCUGGUGCAGCCUCUGGCCGAGCUUCAGCUCCAGCAGCAGGCUCAGCCUGCGGCCGUAGAUCCCUGCCUGCUCAGCCUGGUGCUGGCCAUGCAGGGGCCCCUAAGCCACAACCCGGAUGAGAGCUGCUCCUCGAAGAUGCGUGACGCCACCUCCACACCCCCACCUCAGAAGAAUGGCUCAGCAGGCGGUCAGGUGACUCCCCCUAGCCCUGUUGCUGUGUCCGGACCGGGCCAGCUCAGCGUGGGGGCCCUGCAGACUGGCUCCAUGGGUCCCAGUCCUCAUCUGAUACGCAGAGGUACAAAGAAACCAGCUCCUGCUCCACCAAAACAAAUCCCAGUCCAACAAACAGUACAGUCGCACUCAGGAACAGCUCAGCCCCCAGUUACAUCCCCAAAACCCAUCUCCAGCCCACCGCCUAGUGCCAACCCAAAUCCCAACGCGCCGCACCCGGCGGCACUGCCCCGUCGGCAUUCCACCUACCAGCCUCCCAUUCAUGCCCCCAGCCAUCCACCUCCCCAGCCCCCCAUGCAGGCCGCACCGCCGGCUCACCCUAAAACCUCCACCCCGAUGAUGGAGUAUUGGACGGAGCAGUCGCCCCCCAGCACCCCGACCCCUCCUGACACUCCCCCUCCCUCAGCAUCUCUCACCGACACCCCGUCCUCCUACCCCACUGGCUCCCUCCCUCGUUCGCGGCCCGUUCCCAAGCCGAGGAAUCGACCCAGCGUGCCCCCACCACCCCAGCCUCCCACUUCCAGCGGUGACGCUUCCAGUGACUUAUCCAGGAACAGUUUCGAUUCAGCUGUGGCUCACAAGGCUGAGAAUGCUGCCCCUGUAACCAGGCCUGCUGUGGACCAGCAGGCUGUGAGCCUCACCAGCAGACAGAUUACCGUCAUCACGGCCAAGGACACCAAGCUUGAAUCUGAAAGCACUGCGCUGUGAAGGGGGUGUUCGGCCCCCUGCAUCUUAAAUGCCUCUCUCUCUCUGCCUCAGGCUGUAUUCUCUCUCUCUCUCUCUCUCUCAGACAUACACAGAGAUGUGCACACACCAACCCAGCUGUACAUGAGCUCACCACUGGAUAAUUGCAGUCAGCUACUUAAGAAAUUUGAGUGCUGCGAGUAAUAUUGUUGGAUCACAAUUCCCACUGUGCUUCCCUGAGGAAGCUUUCAUGGAACUUGUAGAUGAAAAUACUGCAAAUGCUGAAAUUCAGACCAUUCAUGUUUAUAAUUGACAGGUUGUAAGCUAUAUAUUAUAGUCCAGAAAAAUUAGCAAAAAAAAAAAACAAUUGUUCUGGUUGUUGAUAUUUUAGGGAAGUGAUCUAGUAAUUUCGGGAAAGUAGAAGCCAAAAACUGUGUUGCUUUAACUUUUUGCUGUUGAUUGCAGGUUUCAGUUACCAGCCCAAACCAUUUUUACAGUGUAUAGAAUAAUUCAUCUUUUUAUAUUUAUUUACAUUCAGCACAUUCCCAUUACUAAACGGUCGAGCAGUUUGUUCUGGCAGAACAUUCUAGGGAUUGUCUAUGACCGAGAACUUGUUAUGAAUUGCAGCUUGAAUGAUUGUAAUCUGCCCUUUAGUUAACUUUUAGAAACUUUCACUGUUUUGUGACUGAAGAUCUUAAUGUGGUGUUAGAAUGAAAGCUCAUGAAGAAGUAAUUAUCAAGCAAGUCUGAGACAUUAAAUUAUUUGAGCGCUCUUCCUCAACUUAAGCGAUUGGCUUACGAACAAAGCAAAUAGCAGUCGUGCAAUUGCACAACUAACCUGGUGAAAGUUCUGUAUAAAUGAACAUCUACUUGUCAUUGUUUCCACUGAGCUGUUUUGUUUUGUGAAUAUAUAUUUCUUUAAUUUCAUAAAGCAAAAACUGUGAUAGCUAUGAAGUGGUAAACCUGCUCGGACAAGAAAUGCUCCAUCGUCUUUUCAAUGACUCUCUAAGUGUUGAUGCUCCACUUCCAGUAAAGAAAACCUAAAUGGUACUAAGGUCAGGAUUUACUGUAAUUCCCAAUUUGAUCAUUUGUACAUAUCCUUUUUCAUCAUUUACUGGGUUUUUAUAUUGUUUUUUUGCUGCCUUUUCUUUUUCACAUUUACGUGCACUUUUGCAAGCCAUUCUGCCUUGUCUGUACCCACAAGGCACCUUUUAAGAAAGUUUUUCCAAAUAAUUAUCAAUCUCUGGUUGCUCUUUUUAGGCACAACAUUCUUUAAAAUGUUCUUUCCGGUGCAAACAAGCUUUAUAAUGCUUGGAACACUCCCUAUCAAAAGAAUAAAAUUACUACUGGUGAGAUAAAACAGUA